AUGGCCAGCGCCUGUGCGCACGAGCAGGUGGCAAUACCGCCAUUUUUAGCGGCGCUGCUUAAGCAGUUCAAGGCGCUGAAUACAGUGUACACAUUUAGCUCGGCACAUCGGCAGCUGGAGCCGCGUUUUGAGCUGCUGCGCGCGGGUGUGGCAUCUGCACUGAGCGAGCCGUUGCGUAUUGUGGACGUUGCACAGAUGAAGGCAAUAUGCCCCGACUUGAUCCAGUUUGGCUACGUACUUACGUCGACUAUGCACAACGACGUGGAGGCACACAGGAAGCGAAAGCGCGAGAAGGACGAUCUGUAUACCCCCGUGACGGAUACGCCGCCAUACACACUUCUCUUUUCGUUUAUGGACCGUUCGAUGAGCAUGGGCAAGGCUACCGGGAAGGGGGUGGUAAAGCUCGGGUCCAAGCCACAGACAAAAGAAAUGUUCGAGACGAUCCAGCGGCGCAACACUGCAUUUCAGCGCGCGAUGGAAACCAUGCUUGCUGCAUGCACGCGAUCUGGAAAUGACCCGGAAUCGGUGCUUUUUGAGUCUGCACAGAGCUAUAUGCCGCUUGAGCCGGGGCAGGAACCACAGGACGCGCUGCGCAAGCACCAGCGCCAGCGCCUUGCUGCCCUGAUGGAAGCGCACACGAGGCCUCCGGUGCGCGAGAUACUAGCGCAGCUGCCCAGCGUGCCGUGGUGGCGCGACCAGAUUGUGCCGGGGGGGAGUAAGACGUACGCGGCGCGCGAGCCGGUUUACGCGUCGCCGCUCCUACGUCUUCCUGCGUUUCUACGCGAAGCGCUCGCAGUCACGCACGGAAUUCGCGAAAUGUACACGCACCAGGCGCUCGCUGUGAGUGCCAUUGCACACGGAAAACAUGUGAUUGUAUCGACCGGGACGAGCUCGGGCAAGUCGCUGGUGUACCAAGUCCCGGUUGUGCGCGCACUCGCCGACGACCCCGCAUCGACGGCAAUGUGCAUCUUCCCGACCAAGGCGCUUUCACAGGACCAGCUCCAGUCCCUGCAGCGCUUGUUGGGCAUGUGUGCUGGACUGAACGACGUGCUUGUUGCUGCGUACGACGGAGACACGCCGCACGAUGCGCGCCGGCACUUGCGCGACGAGGCGCGUGUGCUGUUUACAAACCCCGACAUGCUCCACCGGUCCAUCCUUCCGCACGAGGAGCUCUGGCGCAGGCUCUUUCGUGGCCUGCGCAUCGUGGUUCUUGAUGAGCUGCACGUGUAUACCGGCACAUUUGGUACGCAUGUCGCAUGCAUCCUACGUAGGCUGCGCCGAUUGUGUGCGGCGUUGGGAAAUCACGACGUACAGUUUGUGAGCUGCAGUGCUACGAUUGCAAACCCCGAGGCACACUUUGCAAAGCUUCUUGCGCUGGACACUGCAACGAUACAAGUCGUGUCCGAGGACGGGUCUCCGUGCGGACAAAAAGAAUGGAUCCUAUGGAAUCCACCCCUUGUGGACGACGGCAGCGAGGAAAAGGUGAGGGUGAGUGCGUACACGCAAGUGUCGCAGCUGCUGCGAUACUUGAUGCUGCAUGGCCUGCGCACGAUUGUAUUUGCCAAGGUCCGGCGGACGUGCGAGAUUAUUCUGCGCCAAGUGCGCGAGGAUCUGGCGCGCGAUGGGCACAGCGAGAUGACGGAACGUGUGCUUGGCUAUCGCUCGGGCUAUGCGCCGUCGGACCGACGCAGGAUCGAGCGCGAGAUGUUUUCUGGGCGCAUUCUCGGCCUCGUCGCGACCUCGGCGUUGGAGCUGGGCGUGGAUAUAGGCAGCCUAGACGCGGUGAUUAUGUUUGGCAUGCCAUACUCGCAUGCAAGCAUGUGGCAGCAAGCAGGCCGUGCUGGCCGGCGCCAAAAAGAUUCUCUCGUCGUGCUUCUCGGCGAGCCAUUCUCCGUGGACCAGCACUAUAUGCGCAAUCCAGCGUCUGUAUUUGCACUAGCACACGCGCCGCUGCAUGUCGACGUUGCCAACGAACUGAUCCUUGCUCCGCACUUGCAGUGCGCGGCACUCGAAGUGCCGCUGCGCGUUGCAGACGACGCGCUUUAUUUUGGGCCGCGCCUCGCGCAGCUCUGCGCACAGCAUCUCGAGCGCGAUACAGCGGGCUUUUACCACUACACAGAAGGGCGCGGCGCACAGCCCGCGCACGCUAUUUCCAUCCGUGGCGCGCAUCAGGACACGUACCGCUACGUGGAUGCGUCUACAGGCACCGUCCUGGAAGAGGUCGAGACCGAGCGCGUGAUGUUUGAGGCGUACCAAGGCGCCGUAUUCAUGCAUCAAGGCGUGGCGUACCUAUGCAAAGAAGUGCACCACGCUAUGCGCGUUGCCGUCAUGCUACGUGCCGAUGUGCGCUACCAUACGCGCCCGCGCGAUUACACGGACGUGGACGCGGAGGAAAUCUGGCGCAUCCGCUCGUUGCGACACUCGGACGUGCACGCAUUUUUCGGGCGCGUCGCGAUUACGACGUGUGUAUGGGGCUACUACAAGGUGGACCGACACGCGAAUAUCCUGGAUGUCGUAGAGGUGGAUGGGCUGCCGCUCGUGCGCGGCACACGAGGCGUGUGGAUCGAUGUGCCGUGGAGUUUGGUCGUGGCGAUUGCCGCGCACGGCGUCAAUGCCAGUGCCGCGAUCCAUGCCGCAGAGCACGCCGUGCUGAGCCUCACGCCGCUCUUUGUCGCGAGCGCCGCAGAGGAUGUGCGCACGGAAUGCACCAUUGCAAAGCGCGAGCUAUCCAAUGGACGCCCUAGCCGGCGCAAACGCCCUUCGCGUCUAAUCUUUUACGACAAGCCGGGCUUUGACGGGGGUGUGUGUGCACAGGUGUUCCAGCACCUCGAUGCGCUCUUGGCGGUGGCCCUCGACGUGAUUGAGAACUGCCCGUGUGUGGAUGGGUGCCCGGGAUGUAUCGAGUCGCUUGCAUGCGUGCACGAAGAGUCGGUAUCGUCCAAACUCGGCGCGCAGGCCGUGCUGCGCGGGCUCUUGAACAGGCCCGUGUUUGACGAAAAUGAGCCGCGCAGGCACGAUCGUGGGCAUGCACACCGGUUCUUGACGCCACAGGAUUCGCUUACGCAUACCUUGUGCUCUGCGCCGAGCGUCCCUCUGCGCGACGGCGAACCGAUCGAGGUCGAGGAGAUGGUCGAGCGCAAUGCAGGGGCGGCGCAAAAGCACCUAGACAUGUCGCUGGGGACACCUCCGGAGGAAGAGGUAUAG